UUGCUGCUGCUGAGAGAUUCUAACCCCCUCCCCCCCCCGCCACCUUCCGUCCCGCUCGAGCUCGGCCAUGUCUCACGGGCACAGCCACGGCGGGGGCAGCUGUUGCCAUGGCGACGACCACGAAGAGCCUCCCGAGCGGCGCGGCCAGGCCUGGGGCCUUUACUUGCGCAUCGACCACGAGCGCCUGGAGUGCCUGAACGAGCGGAGGGAAGGCAGCGGGGCGCUCGUCUUCCGCGCCUGGGAAGACCGCGGAGACCGCCAGAAGUUUGUAGAAAGUGAUGAUGAUGAAGAGCUUUUGUUUAAUAUUCCAUUUACAGGCAAUGUGAAAUUAAAAGGGAUAAUUGUGAUGGGAGAAGAUGAUGACACACACCCAUUGGAAAUGAGACUGUUUAAAAACAUACCUCACAUGUCCUUCGAUAAUACCGCCAGAGAACCGGAUCAGAUGUUCAGCCUGAAUCGCGACAUUACAGGAGAACUGGAAUAUCCUACGAAAAUUGCUCGCUUUUCAAACAUUCAUCAUCUCUCCAUCCAUUUCUCCAAAAACUUUGGUGCUGAGACAACAAAGAUCUUUUAUAUAGGCCUGAGGGGAGAAUGGACAGAACCACAUCGACAUGAAGUGACCAUCUGCAACUAUGAAGCGGCAGCAAACCCAGCUGACCACAAAAUUGAUCAGAUCACACCGCAGACACAUUUCAUUUCCUAACUGCAGUGGUUCGUGUGGCAACAGGCCAUUGGGCAGACUUGGAAGGAUGUGGAAUGCUUGAGGCUAUAAUGAGCAUCAUAGCUUUCAUUCUUUUGUGGUGGUGUAAAAGCAGAGCACCCAAUGCUUGGCAGAUAGGUGCAAAAUCACUCCAUUGCUAAGAACAAUCAUGGCUUGGGGGCCUAGAAGCAGGUCUUGAAAAUGUUGGCCCUUGACUGCCUACCCCGUGGGUGACUUAACUAUCUAAUAUCUGUUUGGGGCAGAAGUUUUCUGAGUCAGCGAACUUCCUGUUUAUUUGCUACUUGCACUGCUGAGGUGUGAGGUUGUUGGGCAACUUGAUAAGGGAGUAUUGCACAAUUUGGGAUUAUGUUCUGGCUUUUGAAUGUAAUUUAUACAGGGUGAUAAGAUACUGAUGUUCUAGGUGGACUCUUGACUGAUUUCUAAAUGUACAGGGCAGUAAUGAUUUGGUUGUGCACCAAAGCACUGCAUGUCUUUCCAUAAGCAUCAUUCAGUAGGUUUCUUGCUGAUUUCUAACAGUUUCAUCUGUGUGUCUAAAAUCUGAGAGAGCUAAAGACCUAGAUGUUUGUUUCUUCUAUGACAACUUUCUAACUGAUGUGGCUUAAUGUUUUCUAAUAAAUAUGGCAAUGAA